CAGUUGGGCAUACUUACUCUAUUUAAUCAGUUACUCAAUGUUUUUCUUUUUCCAAAUCUCAAAUUCAUCAUCGAGUGUACUUUCAAAGCCAACAUGGAACUUCACUGUGUCAGGGAGUGCCCUAAAAAGGAGACUGUGGAAACAUUCCUUUAAUUAUAUUGUAUCCAAUUAGCCAGUUAGACUGAAAAGACACCGACAAAAACUAUAUCUAACUGACCUUAAGUAUCAGAUACAACUUUUUAUUUUGUGAUUAUUUAGAUUACUAAUACUCUCACUCUAUAGAAAGCAGUCAGCUUAGAUGAACACAUUGUACUUUUACUGGGACAAUUUGUAGUGUAUUGUGGGACUUACUGAAACUGAGGACCAUUGAUUUGUUGCCAUUGUAUCCAUAAACUGACAUAAAACAAACAACAUUUUAUGAGAGCUGUAAAACUUUGUUGAUUGCAUCAUAUAUAAUAAGCCGUGAAAAAGUUAAUGGCUCAGUGAAAGAGUGAACACAGGAUACGCAGAUUGUAUUACUUAUUCUAAAACUAUUUUCUUUUGUCAUUUUCAUGUCUAUUUCCAUCUUUUUCUGUGUUGGGUUGUCCUACGUGAGAGGCAGCACAGCAGCAGUGCACUGUAUGGGGUGGGGGGAAAGGAUGAGAGACUGUGUGUGUCAGUCAUGAGCCCCUCCCACCUCCUGUAUAAAGGCUCCCAGUCUGGUGUGUAGGAGCUAUUAGCAGAGUGAGACACAGCUGCCUCACAGAACCAGUAGGCAAUUUCAAGAAACCUGUGGAGUACUCUUUUACAGCUGACUGAGCUUUUCUCAUCCAUUUGAAUUGUAUCACUGAAUUACAGGAGUCAAAAUGCAGUUGAUCAUCCAGUCCUUUCUCUCGUGCUGUCUGCUGGCGACAGUCGCUCACUGUGUGGAACUUGAAGUGAAUCCGGAGUUGAAAAAAAGGCGAAGCAUAUGGCUCGGGAGCAGAUUGAGACGGGAUCUUGACAGUGUAUCAGUAGAGAAGACAGCAGAGUCCGAGUACUUCGUCAGACCGGAAGAUAUCAGGGAUACGUUGCUGCCACAUUCCAGCACUGACAUCAAUGUCCGAACCAAGAGGUCUAAGAGCUCAGGCGGUCAUUCAAGAAGACAAGGCUGUUCGCUGGGCACCUGUACAGUGCACGACUUGGCACACCGCCUGCACCAGCUCAACAACAAGAUGAAGAUCGGGAGUGCCCCUGUUGACAAGAUCAGCCCUCAGGGAUACGGCCGGAGGCGUCGAUCUCUCCCAGCGCACAGAGUCACACUGAGGCUAGAGCAGGGCAGGCUGAGGCCCGUGUGGAGCAUAAAUGAUUCGCAAAUUCACAAGCUCGAGGCUCUCCUCAGACGGACAUGAGCGGAACUUAGCAAGAGGAGUUGGGAACAAAAGCGAGGGAGUUAGUGUCCUCUCUCCGUUCUAAAAUUCUCGAAAUGCCUUAGACUUCUGCCAAGUAUUUCCCGGCACAUUUUUCAAGGCAUGAGAACUGAGUCAGAGCGAGACUGGCUGCACUGAGUUUCUAUAAAGGCAGAGCCUCGCAGCUCAGCCAUGUAGAGCGCGCAAACAACUGCAGCAGGCGUACAGACACUGGAUGGCACAGCGUGAAGCGAGCUACAGGUGCUGCUCUUUGCUUGGCAGAGGGAAAGGAAGAGUGCUAAUACCUGGAAAAGUGGACACUUCCUCUGGCUUAAGGAGGGAACUCCCUUCUAUCACUCUGGGACUUUACACAUUUCUUCCUCAAGGCCAGGACUUUGAUACGUGCUAUCCUCUAAGGAUUAUACCACCAUGUUCCAAACCGUCAGUACUUCUCUGCACUUUUCCAUUUGGACUGAAAUUCAAAUGAAUCAUCAGGAAAAGACAUCUUCAUCACAAUGCCAAACAGGAAAAUAGGCUAGAGAGCUCUGAAGAUCUCAGUUUAUAUAAAGUUUUGGACACUGUAUAAGGGGAAUGUCUUAGAUUGUGUGAGAUAUAUGUGCCACUCCAAAAUGGAUUGAAAUAUACUUGAAAUUGUUAUUGUUUGUACAAAACCAUGUGCAAUCUAUAUUUGUUUUUAUUUUAUUGUUAUAUAUAUAUGAAUCCCUUUAUUUAAAUAUUAUAUAAAGGUUACGUUAAAGUACUUAUGCAGAUAGAACUAUUUUUGUACAGGAAGAAAUAUAUAUGGGCAUUGUAGCUAUAUGCCAUUAUUAUUUUUGCAAUCUGUGGUAAUAGGAUAUGUGUUAUACAUAUAUAUAUAUUUGUAAAUGUGUUCUAUUUUAUUUGUGUCAAAGCAAUAGCAUUGUUAUUCAAUAAACGUUUUGCAUAGAAAAUCUA